AUGAAGCCUAGAACUUUAGGACAAUGGUUUUUAAUGCUUUUAUUGGAGCGUGUACGUCGUCGUGUGUCAGAGGGAGUUGGGUUGCGCACCUUAUUGUAUUGCGUAUGUUGGUGCUCGCGUCUGGUACAGGAGCAUGAUUAUGAGCGCUUACGUGCGAGCGCGACGAUGAUCAAAGCGUGGUUAUUGCAAAAUACGUGUCAAGAUUGUGUAUACAAAAAAACCAGGGAGGUGCACGCAGCGGCUAGAUUCACCCUACGUGGAUGGAACGCAAACAAGAAAGAAGUGAUUGGCGAUGUGCCCGCGCAGCUGCGAGCGACAUCACCGACCCGACUAGGAGGAGACGGGCCCGAGAAUAAAAUACUUGGCCUGCACCGGGACGCCGAACGGGACGAACUGGGGUUCAAUAUCUCGAUGAACCGAGUUCCUGCAGACCCGUCCGCCUAC